AUGGCCGCCACCCGUGUCCUCGCCUCUCGUCUGGCCUCCCAGAUGGCCACCAAGGCUGCUCGCCCUGCCAUCCGAGCCCCCGUCGCCGCUGCCUCCAAGCGCACCAUCACCGGCUCUGCCAGCCCUCUCCAGACCCUCAAGCGCCAGCAGGCCGCUACCCUGCUCCAGGCCACGACCCGAAAUGCCUUCCAGGUCCAGCGCCGCACCUACUCUUCCGAGAUCGCCCAGGCCAUGGUUGAGGUCUCCAAGAACUUGGGUAUGGGCUCUGCUGCCAUCGGUCUGACUGGUGCCGGUAUCGGCAUCGGUCUCGUCUUCGCCGCUCUCCUGCACGCCGUUGCCCGCAACCCUGCCCUCCGUGGCCAGCUCUUCUCCUAUGCCAUUCUGGGUUUCGCUUUCGUCGAGGCCAUUGGUCUCUUCGACCUGAUGGUUGCCCUCAUGGCCAAGUUCGUACGUCAACACGCCGCCCUACCUGGUCUCCCCGUCGAAUGGCGACGUCUCGAGGCUAACCUGCUGUACCCCAGACCUAAAUCAAUUCCCACGUAUGUGGGAAAGCUCUUGCCGAAGGAUGGAGCUCUAAUAUAUGGGGGUGCUGAGGGGGUGCUCUGUCUGAAGCCUUGCCGGCUUGCCAGCAGCAUCAAUGGCCAGCAUGUGCGAUAG